AUGUCCCAUGAAGAUAUCAUGCUGACCGUUACCUUUCGCGGUACAUCGCACACUGUUUUCCUCCCGAAUGACGCCCCUCUCUCUGCUCUUCAUUCCCGUCUCGAGCUCCUCACUUCUGUUCCGCCAUCAUUACAGAAACUCAUUUAUAGAGGAAAGAAAUUUCAGCAUCGACAGGAUGACUCAGAUUUAGAACCCACCAUGGCCCAAGCAGGUCUUCGCGAUGGCAUCAAAGUGCAAAUGCUUGGCUCAACAGUAGAAGAACUCGGACAACUGAAUGCAGCUGACUCGGCACAUCAGAAGAAGGAGCAAAUUCUCAGAGAGAGGGCGCUAAAGCCACAGGUCAAGCUUCGUUCGACCGGGUCAUCGUCUACUUCGUCACACCAGUACCACUUUCACCGUAUAGAACCGCUCACUCAUCUGCCGCGACCUGAAACAGCGACGGAGUGUCUCACAACUCUUUCCAAGGACCCUGCAGUCCUACAUGUCAUGCAGAAGCAUCGUUUUUCUGUGGGCUUGCUUACCGAGCUUGCACCCCAUGAACACCCUGGACUUCUGGGUCUUAACGUCGGGAGUGGAGAUACCAUCAAGCUGCGAAUUCGGCUUGAUACGUAUGAUGGUUUUCGUCCGUACCUGGAGGUCAGGCGCGUGUUGUGUCAUGAACUGGCUCACAAUGUGUGGGGCGAACAUAACAAUGAUUUUAAAGAGUUAAAUUCUCAGCUCAAUCGCGAGGUUGCAGAAUUUGAGGCUGCAGCAAGAGCAGGAACACAUGAACUUUCUGAUUUACGAGACACUUAUCAGCCGUCAUCGGACGGAGAAGUAGAGGCACUUGUCCAUGUUCUAGGAGGCACAGACCUUCGAGGUAACGAUACCACGGAAGAACAUCGGAUAAGGGCGUCGGAAGCUGCCACAGCGCGUCUUAGGAACGAAGAACUAGAACGGAGCUGCGGGACUUCUGGACCACAGAAGCAAUCUGGUUGA